AUAUAUAUAUAUAUUUUAAUGCCCGGUUGUACCGAAGUCCAAGCUCAAUUAUGUGCGAGUUUAUUUCAGUCUUAUUUCAAGCUGGAAGUGAGCUGCUUGAAUUAAUUGGCAGUUGGGCAGUCGUAACCAGGAAUAAGUGGCCAGGAGAAUAGAAAGAGUAUUUUUUUUACGCAAAGCCAUUUGAAUUUGUGACAAAAGGAGGUCAUUUUUGUAAGUUAAGCCCCAAAACCCUAGGAAGCAUCCAGCUGCGGUAAAAUAAAACGGAAAGGCCGCCGCUCCCACUCUUCGCCAGGUCUCAGAUUGGAGGUCUUCCAAGAUGUCGAAGCGAGGGCGUGGAGGGUCGGCGGGGAACAAGUUCCGGAUGUCGCUGGGUCUGCCGGUGGCGGCGACAGUGAACUGCGCGGACAACACGGGGGCGAAGAACCUCUACAUUAUCUCGGUGAAGGGGAUCAAAGGGCGGCUCAACCGGCUUCCCUCGGCCUGCGUCGGGGAUAUGGUGAUGGCCACCGUCAAGAAAGGGAAGCCCGACCUCAGGAAGAAGGUCAUGCCUGCCGUCAUCGUACGGCAGCGCAAGCCAUGGCGCCGAAAGGACGGCGUCUAUAUGUACUUUGAAGAUAAUGCUGGAGUUAUCGUGAAUCCAAAGGGAGAAAUGAAAGGCUCUGCCAUUACCGGACCCAUUGGAAAAGAAUGUGCUGAUCUGUGGCCAAGGAUUGCCAGUGCCGCCAAUGCUAUCGUGUAAUGGCUAGGUGUGCUCAAAAUCAACAGCAGGGAUUUUGAUCUGGAACUUUUUUGUUUCGGUGUCACAGACCAACUUGUUAGUUUGUGUUUUGGAAGAGUUGUUUUUUGCUUUUGAGCACAUUCUGCUGUUGAUCAAGAUCAAAAUUAUUAUUUCAUGGUACGGAUCUCUGAUACAAUAAUCUUGCUGAUGUUAUCUGUGCUAGUAGUGUUGUAAGCUAUAUUCUGAUUCGGGAACAACCUGUGGUGGUAAUUGGCUACCACCUAUUGUGCUAUUCUUUGGAACUGGAGUUAGACUGCAUUGGUGUUAUUUA